UUUCUCAGAUCUCCCCCAAAAUGAAUCAAACCCUUCCUUUGCGUAAGUUUCCUUCUUCAUCUUCUUCGUCUUCGAUUCUUGCUAUCUUGUUAUCAGCUUUCUACUCAUAAUCGGCUUUCAAAAUUCUCCGGGGACUUCGUCAACUCACCGCCGGUCAAGUUUUCAUAGAUCAAGAUUUGUGAUUGUGAAAGCUUAUAGUAGAUAAAAAAAGGCAAACAUGACUCAUUCAUCUGCCUCAAAAUGGAGAUAUUGGGGAGCACUUGUACUUGUUCUUCUUGUUUUCGAUAUAUGCAAUGCCUUUUAUCUACCAGGAAGCUACAUGCAUACUUAUUCAGACGGGGAUGAGAUAUUUUCCAAGGUUAAUUCCUUGACUUCUAUUGAAACUGAGCUGCCAUUCAAUUAUUACAGCUUGCCUUAUUGCAAGCCCUUAGGUGGCAUAAAGAAAAGUGCAGAGAAUCUUGGAGAACUCCUUAUGGGGGAUCAAAUAGACAAUUCCCCUUACCGUUUUCGAAUGAAUACUAACGAAACCAUUUACCUUUGCACUACGCCUCAUCUUAACGAGCACGAGGUUAAGCUCUUAAAGCAAAGGACUCGUGAUUUGUAUCAAGUAAACAUGAUUCUCGACAACUUGCCGGCCAUGAGGUUUACUAAACAGAACGGUGUUAACAUUCAAUGGACUGGUUAUCCGGUCGGAUAUACGCCGCCUAAUAGUAACGAUGAUUACAUCAUUAAUCACCUCAAGUUCAAGGUUUUCGUUCACGAGUACGAAGGAACGGGGGUGGAGAUCAUAGGCACUGGCGAGGAGGGUAUGGGAGUAAUUUCAGAGACGGAGAAAACGAAGACGGCUGGAUAUGAGAUUGUGGGGUUCGAAGUUGUUCCGUGCAGUGUGAAACACGAUCCCGAAGUCAUGACUAAAUUGCAUAUCUACGAUAACAUUUCGACAAUCCUUUGCCCGUCUGAACUCGAGAAGGCGCAGAUAAUAAGGGAACAAGAGAGGAUUUCGUUCACUUAUGAGGUUGAGUUUGUGAAGAGCGACAUUAGGUGGCCUUCUCGAUGGGAUGCUUAUUUGAAAAUGGAAGGAGCCCGCGUACAUUGGUUCUCGAUUUUGAACUCGCUCAUGGUUAUAUUCUUCUUGGCGGGGAUUGUGUUCGUCAUAUUCUUGAGGACGGUUAGGAGGGAUUUGACGAGGUACGAAGAGUUGGACAAGGAAGCUCAGGCGCAGAUGAACGAGGAGCUUUCCGGGUGGAAGCUUGUUGUCGGAGAUGUGUUUAGAGAACCAAACCAUUCAAAGCUACUAUGCGUGAUGAUUGGGGAUGGAAUUCAAAUCACCGGAAUGUCGGUCGUGACGAUCGUUUUCGCAGCCCUAGGUUUCAUGUCCCCUGCUUCUCGGGGGAUGCUCUUAACCGGGAUGAUCAUACUUUAUCUUGUAUUGGGGAUUUCGGCCGGUUAUGUUUCCGUUCGAUUAUGGGUGACAAUAAAGGGCUCUAUUGAUGGAUGGAGAUCAGUUUGUUGGUCGGCCGCUUGUUUCUUCCCGGGGAUUAUCUUUGUUAUCCUCACGACCUUGAAUCUCAUUUUAUGGGGAAGUAACAGUACGGGCGCCAUCCCCAUUUCGUUGUACUUCAUUCUCCUUUCGCUUUGGUUCUGCAUUUCAGUUCCUCUAACCCUAGUCGGAGGAUACCUGGGGACCAGGGCCGAGCCUAUUCAAUAUCCGGUCCGAACCAAUCAAAUACCUAGGGAAAUCCCGGCUAGGAAAUACCCAUCCUGGCUACUUGUUCUCGGCGCGGGGACACUUCCUUUUGGAACCCUAUUCAUCGAGCUUUUCUUCAUACUCUCGAGUAUAUGGCUCGGAAGAUUCUAUUACGUUUUCGGUUUUCUUCUCAUCGUGCUGACGAUGUUGGUGAUUGUGUGCGCGGAAGUGUCGGUUGUGCUCACUUACAUGCAUUUAUGUGUGGAGGAUUGGCAAUGGUGGUGGAAGGCGUUCUAUGCUUCCGGGUCGGUUGCGCUUUACGUGUUUCUAUAUUCGAUUAACUAUUUGGUGUUUGAUCUCAAGAGUUUGAGUGGGCCUGUUUCGGCUACGCUUUAUCUCGGAUAUUCAUUGAUCAUGGCGAUUGGAAUUAUGUUGUCGACGGGGACUAUCGGGUUUCUUACCUCGUUCUAUUUUGUUCAUUACCUAUUCUCGUCAGUGAAGAUUGAUUAGAAUUUCGAAGGUUUAAUAUUUUCGCAAGGGAAAAGGUUUGAACAUUUUUCAUUUUUAGCUGAAUCGAAUUCAAGAGGGUGUUUCUGUAAUUGGCUUGUUUUUCAUAUUCUACACAUUAUUAUUCACUGCAAGCUCUAGUUGUAAUGGUUAAACUUCUUGUCUUAAUAUUCAUUGCAAGCUAGUGGUAAUGUACCUUGUUUACCCUUCCU